GAGCCCUCCCAGGCUGCGAUCGUAUAUAAAGGGGCUGAUGCAACGGCUCUCAGUGCUAGAACCCGCGUCCGACCUACAGCGGCCCCGCGAACGUGUGUCCCCGGCGCAUUUAGGACCAAGCACAGCAUCGCUUGUAUCUGUGUUGGACAUGAUGCCAGGACAAAUACCAGAACCAUCCCUAGCACCUGGUGCCCUCCCCAGCCUCGGCCCUCUACCUGGAGUCCCCAGCACCACUCUGACAGAGCAGCUCCGCUUGGCUGACCUGCACACCCUGGGGGCCAUGAUUUCGCCUCUUCAUUUCCUAGGAAGGCUGGGAAAACGGCCUGCCCCUUUAAAGGAGGAGAUUAAUGAGGAUGAAGAGAGGAGGAAACGAAGGCGAGAGAAAAACAAGGUGGCAGCAGCACGAUGUCGAAACAAGAAGAAGGAAAGGACAGACUUCCUGCAAAAGGAGUCGGAACGCUUGGAGCUGCUGAACGCAGAACUCAAAGCUACGAUUGAGGAGCUGAAGCAAGAGCGACAACAGCUUAUCGUCAUGCUCAACCGCCAUAGACCCUCUUGCAUUGUUCGCACUGAUAGCGUCAAGACACCUGAAAGUGAGGCGAACCCGCUACUUGAGCAGCUGGGAACAAAGUGAGGGAGCUUGGCUCUUGGCUACAGUUGCCACAUCAAGUGUUUACCGCACAACGGCAGAUGGCCAGCAGCACUUGGACUCUUCUGGCUGGAAAGAUCUGGGGCGUGGUGGCCUCAUUUAUCUAGGGUCACUCAACAUGAUAGGGAAUUGGCCAUCCAGCGUGACUGAUUCCUGGUAUUGUUGCCCAUUACCCUGUAUUAACUGCUGCCAUUGUAAGCAAGCAAAUGCUAUGGAAAUGAGCCACAGCAAACUGAACGACACUACGUCACUCUGGCCAGUCUGUCACAUAUAUUCUAUUUGACUUGUCACUGUAUUUGUCAGUGUGCAGGCCAGAUUAAACCAUCACAGUAUUUAAAAAUGCUAUAUAUUCUACCCUGAGGGUGGCAGUGCUCAUUUUUUUUAAAAUUGUGAUGCAGGCAUCACACAAAAGCACAUAUGGAUUGUUUACAGUCAUACAAUUUUUGUUAUUCUCUUGGUUAUAUCCACUUUUGCAUUGUAUUUUUAUAUAUAUUAAAAACCUAUAAAGUGUAUAGAUGUGAUCACUAGAUGUGAUGAAUUGUAUAUUACUUUUAUAUUUUGCCAGUGUUGCUUUCUUUUGCAAUUUGAGGGCUGUUUGGGGGGGGACUAGAAGUUUCCAUUCCUGGUUGAGUGGGUUUUAUCAGUUUUGCACCAUUAAUAUGCAUGUAUUACUCUGUUCCCAACAAUUAAAACCAAUUUCAAAAAAA